AUGGAUGAGCAAACUACGAUAGCUCCUUGCUGUGUGGACGGACAUAUCCACGAAGGCACCCCACUCGGGUCAUUCGAAAUUAUCAACGGUCUUCGUACUUAUGUCGUUGACCCUAACCCUCCGACAUCUGGAAAACAAAAUGUGAUAGUUAUCAUCUCUGACAUCUUCGGGGUUGAUUUACUCAACACCAAGUUAUUCGCCGAUACCUGGGCACAGCACGAAUGGAAGGUUUACGUACCUGACUUUCUCGAAGGAGAUGCUGUUGAUCAUUCACAUUUGAAAACAAUCGUACCCAAUCUUCGUGAUCAAGCUAAAGCCACUGCGAUCUCCAAAGCCAAAGAUGCAGCCGAGACAGCAGCAACAUUAGGUCCUUGGUUAGUAACUCAUCGUGAAGCCGUAGUGAAACCUCUCAUCGAGGGAUUUGUAAGGAAAUUAAAGGAAGAUCCAAAAGUUGGUAAAAUUGCAACUGUUGGUAAUUGUUGGGGUGGACGUUAUGCCUUGAUUCUCGCACAAGAAAACUCCCCUGUUCGAGUCGAUUGCUCAGUAGCCAACCAUCCUGCCUUUUUGGUCAAUUCCGAUGUCGAACCAAUCACUUCCACACCAUGUGCGAUCUUCAAAGGUGAUAAAGAUGUCAUGAUGACGGAAGAACAAUUGGAUGAAGUCGAAUCUGUUCUCAAAGGAAAUUUAGGGGAAGAAAAAGUUUGCGUUAGGAGGUACAAAGAUGCCGUUCAUGGGUUUACCGUUAGAGGUGAUGAUAUGAUCGAAAGUGAAAAGAAACAAAAGGAAGAAGCGGCGGCGGAAGGUAUCAAUUUCGUCGCUAAGUGGUUUGCCGCUUGA